GUGACGGCUUCGGGCGGGAAAGUCGAGCGGGGUGGAAUCCGGAGCCGGGCGGGAAGUGGUUUUGGCUAUAGGAGAUAUUGUCCACAAUGUUUGGGAAAAGAAGACUGUCAAGACCUGAAGACAGAAAGAGCCUGGCAGAAGAUUGCUCCACCAAGAAGAAUGAAGUGAAUAAAAAGCCAAGGAAAUCACUUGUUCAGGAUGAAGUAAUAGAGAAUGAUAGUGCUUUUGUAAAGCUUCUCAAAACAGCAGGAGUUACUCUUAAAACUGGGGAGAAGCAAAAUCAACUAGCUGUGGAUCAAGUAAUUUUCCAAAGAAAGCUCUCUCAAGCCUUGAGGAAACACCCUUCUUAUCCCAAAGCAGUGGAGGAAUUUAUUAGUGGCCUGGAGUCAUACAUAGAAGAUCGAGACUGUUUCAGGAACUGCCUUUUGUCUUGUGAACGACUACAAGAAGAGGAGACAAGCAUGGUCACUCCUUACUAUAAGAGCCUCAUUAAACUAUUGCUGGGGAUUGACAGUUUACAGCCUGCCAUUAUUAGAAUCUUAUUUGAAAAGUUGCCAGAGUUUCUUUAUGAGAGCGUUAAUAAUGAUGGACUCAACAUGCCUCGGCUUAUUAUCAAUCAAUUGAAAUGGCUUGACAGGAUUAUUGAUGGCAAGGACCUUACAACCAAGAUUAUGCAGCUGAUCAGUAUUGCACCUGUGACCCUGCAGCAUGACCUCAUAACCAGUUUGCCUGAGAUAAUUGGAGACUCUCAACAUGGCGAUGUGGCUGGAGAGCUGAGUGACCUUCUGACGAAGAAUACAACGCUGACGGUCCCGAUCCUGGAUGUGCUUUCUAGCCUCCGCCUUGAUCCAAAGCUUCUGUCUAAGGUGCGCCACUUAGUGAUGACUAAACUGUCAGCUGUGACACUGGACAAUUUACCUGUGAUAAUCAAGUUCAUUCUUCAUGCGGUCACAGUCACAGAUGCAUUAGAGGUGAUUUCUGAGCUUCGGAAAAAGUUGAAUCUAGAAUACUGUAUUUUGCCACCUCAGCUGCAAACUUCCCAAAGCAAGUUGAAAAAUAAAGGUCAUGUGAGUUCAGGAAAUUAUGAAAAGAGCAAUCAGGACUGUGUUUCUCUCCUCUUUGACGUGAUCAAGUCAGCUGUUCGAUAUGAGAAAGCCAUUUCAGAAGCAUGGAUUAAGGCAAUUGAAAACAUUGAUUCUGUGUCUGACUACAAGGUUCUUGACCUGCUGAUGCUUCUGAUCAUCUAUAGUGUAAACUCUCAGAGCAAGAAGUGCAUCGAGAAGGUGCUGAGAAACAAGGUCCAGUCGGGCUGCAUCCCUGAGCAGCUGCUUCAGAGCACGUUCUGCACGUACACAUCAGUUCUCAGAGAUGUCUUUCCAUCCAUUUUGUCACUGGCUCAGAGUUUGCUGCACUCCACAGACCAGAGUGUGAUCUCUUUUGGCAGCCUUCUUUACAAAUAUGCCUUUUUGUCAUUUGACACAUAUUAUCAACAGGAAGUAAUUGGGGCGUUAGUGACCCACGUCUGCAGCGGGAAUGACGCUGAAGUCGAUAUUGCUCUAGAGGUGCUCUCGGAGCUGGUGGUUCUCAAUCUGUCUGCCGUGAGACUGUAUGCCGUCUUUGUGAAGGGCAUUCUGGAUUAUCUAGAUAAUUUGACCCCUUCUCAAAUACGAAAACUGUUCUAUGUUCUUAGUACUCUAUCAUUUAGCAAGGGUCAUGAAGACAGCAGCCACAUUCAGGAUGAUAUGUACCUGGUGAUUCGAAAGCAGCUUUCCAGUACUGUAUUUAAAUACAAACUAAUUGGGAUUAUUGGUGCCAUCACCAUGGUGGGUAGUAUGACAGCAAACAGUCACGCUUCUGGCCCGACCCCAGAGGGAGCAGAACUGAGCAGUGAGCGCUGCAAACAGGUGACUUCUUUAUUACAACUGGUGCAUUCUUGCAGUGAACAGUCUCCUCAAGCCUCUGCACUGUAUUAUGAUGAAUUUGCCAACCUGAUUGCAAAAGGAAAAUUGGCUCCAAAAACCCUGGAGUGGAUUGAACAGACCAUAUGUAAUGAUUUCCAGGAUGCAUUUGUGGUGGACCUCUCUGCUCUUCCAAAGGUUAGUGAUUAUCCCUUCCCAGUGAAAGCCAUGUAUGGCCUGGAUGAAGAUGAGAGUCAGGAUGGAAUUGCUAUCAACUUUCUGCCGCUUCUCUUGCUUCAGGAUCUUGGGAGCGAUAUGGGUGUAAUGACUUCUCGAGAUCAAGACCAAAAGUUAGUGUCUCCAGUGUGUCUGUCCCCCUAUUUCCGGUUAUUGAGGCUUUGUGUGGAGAAACAACAUGGAGAUUUGGAGGAGAUUGAUGGUCUGUUAGAUUGCCCUUUAUACCUCCCUGACCUGGAUCUUGGAGAGAAGCUAGGAUCCUUCUCUAUGCAGGAGCGUUCCUUUAGAUGCUCACUCUUGUUCCUUGCUAUUAACUGGUUCCGGGAGGUUGUGAAUGCCUUCUGCCAACAAAAGUCAGCUGAGAUGAAGGGAAAAGUGCUGAUCCGCCUACGGCACAUCACAGAGUUACAGAUGCUACUAGAGAAGUAUUUGGCAGUUACUCCUGACUAUGUCCCUCUUCUUGCAAAUUUUGACUUGGAGACUUUAGAUGGAGGCCCUCACACCAGUGCUGCUGUUACAGUGAAAAACAAAAAGAAGGGAGAAAAGGCACAAGGAGGAAGAAAACGAAAAGCUGAUGGUGACAAGUCUUCCUCCCUGGAGAGACUUUCGAAGGAGGAUGGUUCAGAAUGUGAACAUUCACAGUCUGAUAAAAGCCAAUUAGAAAAGGAGUCCACAGAGAAGGAAGAGGAGAAGGCUUCUGUGUCACUCCAGAAUUAUACCACUUUCUUCAGAGAGUUGGACCUUGAGGUGUUCUCUAUUCUACAUUGUGGACUUUUGACCAAGUCUCUGUUAGACACUGAAAUGCACACGGAGGCCACUGAAGUUGUACAGUUAGGACCCCCCGAGUUACUCUUCCUACUGAAUGAUCUUUCCCAGAAACUGGAAAAUAUGCUUGUGCCCACUGCUACCAAGCGGAUCUCUUUCCUCAAGGGUAAAGGAAACCGGAACAUUGGAUUCUCCCAUCUGCAUCAGAGAUCAGCUCAGGAAGUAGCUCACUACCUAGUGCUCCUGCUGACCCCACUGUGUAACCACCUGGAGAACAUGCACAACUAUUUUCAGUGCUUGGCUACUGAAAACCAUGGUGUGAUAGAUGGACCUGGAGUAAAAGUACAGGAGCACCAGAUGAUGACAACUUGUUACCAGAGGCUGCUGCAGAUUUUUCUUGCCUUGUUUGCCUGGGGUGGCUUUUCUCAGGCUGAAAACCGGAACUUAAUGCUGGAGGCCCUGAAAGUCCUCACCAACAGACUGAAACAGGGAGACCAUGAAGCACCAUUAGGAGAGUUACUUAGCCAGAGUUUCCACUACUUACAGAAUUUCCAUCACAGUGUUCCCAGUUUCCAGUGUGCCAUUUAUCUUCUUCGGCUCCUUAUUGUCAUCUCAGAGAAAUCUACAGCCUCCCAGAACAAAGAAAAAUUAGCUUCCCUGGCCAGGCGGUUCCUCUGUCAAGCUUGGGUGCAGCCAAAUGGAGAGAGAGAGAGAGGCAGCAGCUUUAAUGACCAACUGAACACUUUGCUCUGCAUUUACCUGGAGCGAGCAGACCAUGUCCUCAAGUUUAUAGAGGAGAUUGCUGGUACUGGGGUCCCAGAGCUAAUCAAUUCUUCCAAAGAUGCUUCUUCUUCCUCUUUCCCUACACUGACCAGGCAGACAUUUGUGGUUUUCUUUCGAGUGAUGAUGGCUGAGCUGGAGAAAUCAGUGAGGAACCUUCAGGCUGGUACUGCUGCAGACUUGCCUAAGGUGCAUGAGGAAAAGCUUCUCCAUUGGAGCAUGGCUGUCCGAGACUUUAAUGUCCUUAUCAACCUGGUCAAGGUGUUUGAUAGCCGGCCAGUCCUAAAUGUUUGUCUGAAGUAUGGACGUCUCUUCGUGGAAACCUUUCUGAAGCAGUGCAUGCCCCUCCUGGACUUCAGUUUCAGAAAACAUCGGGAAGAUGUUUUGAGUUUACUGAAAACCUUCCAGUUGAGUACGAGACAACUUCAUCAUAUGUGUGGGCAUUCUAAGAUUCAUCAAGAUACCAGUCUCACCAAUCACGUGCCUUUGUUGAAGAAAACCCUGGAGCUGUUUGUGUAUAGGGUGAAAGCCAUGCUCAUCCUAAACAACUGCCAGGAGGCUUUCUGGCUGGGCAACCUCAAAAACAGGGACCUGCAGGGUGAAGAGAUCCUGUCACAGCAAUCCCAGGAAAGCUCAAUGGAUGAGAACCAGGAAGAGGUGCCCUCUCAACUCUCCAAGCAGGAAACAGAGGAGGGAAGUGGAGAUGAAGCAAGUGUUGGUGGACACGAAGAAGACGGUAACGAUAGUGAUGACUGAUUGGAAGGAAAAGAGGCUGCCCUCUCCUCCCAAGCGCCCUUCCCACCCCGCAUCUUCACUCAUGCUUCCUGGCCUCCUGCCAGCAUCCAGUCUCCUUAGAAGCAUCUUAUUCCAUAUGGGAAGAUGAGGAAUCUUUAUGGCAUCAUCCCAGCCAUGAUUUUUAGACUAUCUGCCAGCAUCAAGCCUGCUGUUAUGGGAAGUGACAUUCUUUAAUGACAUACGUGAUUCAUUUCCCUUUUGGCUUGUGAGAAGAUCGCUGCUGUGCACUCAGUGUGAAGACUGUCUAUAUUUAAUAUGAUUUCGGGUCUUAGAAGCUAGACUGGAAAGCAAGCACUUUAGUUGGUCCUGAGCAUUGAGCUUAUUCCGCCUAUCUUUUGGAUAAAUUCCUUUCCCCUACUUGGGCUUUUCACAAUACCUUAAUUAUUUGGGGUAGUAGAUGGAAUAUUGUGAUCUUUGCGGAGGAAUGCACAAGAUUGAUACUAAGAAAUAAAGUUGGGCGGCAGUG